AAUAAAUUAAAUUGCAUAAUUAAAAAUUAAUAUUUAGGAUUUAUAUAAAAUGAAUAGCAUACUUAAAAGUUUCGUUAAAAUGCCUAAUUUUGUCUAAGCACAAUAGUUAUACAAGAUGCCUCAAUAUAAAUUCUCAGAGGAGGUAAAAGUAGAAGCAAAGAAAACAACAUUAAGACCUAAGAAGGCUUUCUUAACAUUAACAGAUAGAGCAGCUGCUAGAAUAAAAGAGUUGAUGAUGAAAAGAACAAGCGAAGAUGUUAAAGGUGUAAAGAUUGGUGUUAGAAGAAGAGGAUGCAGCGGUUUAACAUAUACAAUGAAUUAUUGCACAAGCUUAAGCGAAAAUAAAUUUGAUGAAAUAAUAAAUGAUAAAGGAGUAACAAUAGUUAUAGACAAUAAAGCCCUUAUGGCCCUUGUCGGCACAGAAAUGGAUUGGGUAGAGGAUGAUUUGAAGGCUGAGUUUGUUUUUAACAACCCUAAUUCAAAGGGAACUUGCGGCUGUGGAGAAAGUUUCCAUAUCUGAUUUCUAAGAGGAAUAACUUCGAAGAGAAAUAAAACAAUAAAUAAACAAAAAAAACAAACAAACAAAAUAAUUAACUAACUAACUUAUUAUCUAAUUAAGUAAUAUACAAAAAAAAACCAAGUGUGAAUGAAAAAUUACAUAAAUAGCUUUUGAAAUAAAAACAACAAAUAUAAUAUUAUACUAUCUGUUUAAUUCAUGAAUGAAUCUUGGGAUAUAAAGAUAUAGAUUGAUAUUUGUAUUAAGAAUUUGAUUAAUCAAUCAACUAGAUAGAGAGAGAGCACUUGAAAACAUUAAAAACAGGCCAAAAUAAUAAAUAAGCAAAUUAGUGAAAAUAAAUAAAAAAUUAAGACGCAAUAUUUUUGGAGAUAAUCUAAAUUAUUAUGUCAUAUUUAAACUAAAAAAACACCUUACUUUAUUUAUAUAACAAUAAUUAUUAAAAGUUAAUACAUAUCUUUAAAUUUUUAUUAUUUGUAUGCAACUCUGUAAAAUCAUUCUAAUUAAUAUCUUUGUUUAUCUUAUCUUUAAUUAAUUAUUCGAACAAGCGAAAGAAAAAAAAUCUACUAACA